AUGGCUAGCGCUCGUACUUUCCGGAAGGGCGUUGACCUUGUCGCUGCUAGGGCGUCCGCCUUGCACCCCCCCCCCGCGCUUCUAUCGGCUCCACACUGCUGCGGCGGGAGCUCUCCUCCGCCACUCACUGCGCGUGCUGCUGUUCCCCAGAUCAAGACACAGGCUGUUCGCCAUGUCUCGAGCUCCAAUGAGUCCCUGGCUAAGACUCAGUUGUAUGACUUGCACCAGGCGCACGGCGCCAAGAUGGUGCCGUUUGCCGGGUACUCGAUGCCACUGCAGUAUGCCGACCUGAGCCAUGUGGAAAGCCAUAUGUGGACUCGUGAGAAGGCCAGUCUGUUCGACGUGAGCCACAUGGUGCAGCACCACCUGAGCGGGCCCGGCGCCAUGAACCUGCUGAUGAAGGUCACACCCUCGUCGUUGGACAAGCUUGCCCCCAACACAUCCACCCUUUCUUGUCUUCUGGAAGUCGGUACUGGGGGUAUUGUCGACGACACCGUCAUCACCCGUCGCGGCGAAGACAGCUUUUACUUCGUGACCAACGCUGGCCGCCGCACCGAGGACUUGGCCUUCCUGCAGGCCGAGAUUGAGGCAUACCGCGCCGAGCAUGGCGCCGACAGCAUCAAGUGGGACAUUCUCGAAGAUCGCGCGCUGGUUGCACUCCAAGGCCCCAAGGCUGCGUCUGUCCUGCAGCCUCUCAUCAACGCCUCCUCAACCGCCUCCACCGACUUGAGCACCCUCUACUUCGGCAACUGCCGCGAGCUUUACCUUACUCUCCCCGACGGCACCGCUACCCCUCACCCUCUCCUCAUCUCCCGGACUGGCUACACUGGCGAAGACGGCUUCGAGAUCUCCAUCCCGACCUCCGGCGCCCCCAACCUCCCUGAGCAAGUCGUCAACCUCUUCCUGAACAACAACGACGUCCGUCUUGCCGGUCUCGCGGCCCGUGACUCCCUCCGUCUCGAAGCCGGCAUGUGUCUCUACGGACACGACAUCUCUACUGCUCAGACUCCCCCCGACGCAGCCCUAGGCUGGGUCGUUGGCCGUGAUCGCCGCGAUCCCGCAACCGCUACUUUCAACGGCGCCUCUACCAUUCUCUCCCAGCUCGCCAGCCCCAAGACCCUGGCCCAGCGCCGCGUUGGUCUCUCCGUUGAGAAGGGCCCGCCUGCCCGCGAAGGCGCCAUCGUCGUCGACCUCUCCGACCCGGCUAAGCCCGUCCAGGUUGGUGUCGUCACCUCUGGUCUUCCUAGUCCUUCCCUUGGCGGUCAGAACAUCGCCAUGGCGUAUGUGAAGAACGGUCUGCACAAGAAGGGCACUGAGCUCGGUGUGCAGGUGCGCAAGAAGGUUCUCAAGGCUACUGUUGUUGGUAUGCCCUGGAUUGAGAGCAAGUUCCACCGUCCUUCUUAA